UAAACAGCGGCUUAUCGAGAUGGCACAGUUUACCGCAAAAGCUCCUCUUUAGCACAGGAUGCGAUCAAAUCGGGCAGCUGGAACGCGCGCACUAGCCGACUGCUCUUCAGCCCUGGCAGAAACGUUGCGAAACGUUGCUUCUUUGGUGCUUAUAAUUCCGAGCAAGACAAAACUUGCGCAAAUAGAGGACGCAUCAAUAACCAUGAACACAAGCUCCAUUCUUAACAGGACACUUGAAUAAUACACCUUUCGAACGAAAGGAAACUAAAGAAGCCUGUCUCAUUAACCCGGACUUUCUAUAUCAAGUUCAUUUUAUAGGCUGAUAGUGCAUGCGUUGAUGCAGCACGCAAUGCGAAUAGCCAGCAGUGUCAGACGUUACUUAUAUAAGUCCCUGCAAAAGAUUUAGCUCUUACUGACGAUGGAAGUGCGGGGUGCGGUUGCGCUUGUCACAGGGGGCAGUGGUUUCUUCGGCAGGGCAGUGGCUAAACAUCUUCUAGAUCGAGGAGCAAAGGUCGCCAUUGUUGAUAAAGAUGUCAAAGCCGGGGAGGACGUUCGUCUGCAGUUAAGCCAGAAGUACGGCGACGGGAAGACAGCAUUCUUUGAGUGCGACGUCACAAAUGAUGAGCAAUUUGAGCAAGUCUUCAUUGAGACAAUCAGCAAGUUUGGCAAACUGGACAUCGUCGUUAACAGCGCCGGCAUUCCAGAGGUGCCAGACUGGAAGAAAGUGUUCACUGUGGACGCGAUAUCUGUAUACCGAGGUACACUCCUGGGUAUGAAGUUCAUGGACAAAAGCUGCGGCUGGAAAGGAGGACAUGUCGUGAACGUCGCCUCAAUCACAGGUUUCAUGUCGUGCCCACCCGUGCCUUCCUAUGCUAGCGCUAAGGCUGCGGUCAUCAACUUCACAAGAUCUUUCGGGAGUGAUCAAUACUUCAAGAGAACGGGCGUCACUGUGAACUGCAUCUGUCCGGAUGCCAUGGAGACUGCGCUUCUGAAAGGGCUACUGGAUUCGUGCGUACAAGGCGGCCCUGAAGCCAUGGCUGUUGCUGAGUAUUUCAAGCAGAGCAUACUCGACCCAGAGAAAACUGCUCUCGGAGUCAUCAAGCUCAUUGAAGAACGCGUCAAUGGAGCUGCUUUAUUAGCUCUUCGUACUGGCAAGUUCGCGUACCACAAGUUUGAAAUGUAGAAUGAAAAAAAAAUGGCCAGGCUUAGCUUGGUUAAGCCAAGAAUGCGUUGCAUAUUUGGGAGUUGGGAGGAGCGGGAGUCAGGUGGUGGCUGCGGCCGCGCGCGACCGAGCGAGUUGGGGCCCAGCUUUUCCUCCGUUACGUCACGCGCCGGCGCAGCGCCCCUAGCGGGAGGAGCGGGAGUCCGGUGGUGGCUGCUGCCGCGCGCGACCGCGCUAGUUGGGGCCCAGCUUUUCCUCCGGCUUUCGUGACGUCACGUCACGUGGCUGCGCUAAAGGUCAAUGGUGGCUGCCCAGCCGCGCCCAAGGGCUGAAUUGAGUGAUUGCAAUAUGCAACGCAUAAAAACAAAGAUCGGCACAGACUGUCUGGAACUGGUUCUAAGCACAGAGGACUAGAUGUGCUCAUGAGUGCAACUGCCCAUCGAGCCGUAAACGCUAUAAAUUGCUUGCAGGGAUAUAACACAAAGCGCAGUGCUUAUCCUAUAGUUGACGGCUAGAACAGAAAAUGAAAACGCAGUUGGCGUCACUGCACCUGUGACUCAGCGGUAAAGAAACGAAAACUCAGACACGAGAACUAACUAUUGUUAUUCGUCAAUUUUUGUCAUAUUUAAAGUCGUACGUUUUAUACGUUUGAAAUUAUACGUUGAAAUUAUACGUUUGAAAAAGGGUCCCUUUGCAGUCAUUGACUUUGGUACCUUCGUCUGCAUACUAUUUGUUGUUUACUCAUUGUUUUUUGAAUGAAGAAUAAACUGAAACUGAAAUAUAUAUAA